AUGGAAAGACAUAUCAAUGGGACUUUGCAAUCUGCUGCGGAUGCUGUGACAGACAAUGAGUAUGAUAAAACUUACAAUAGCUCAAAUAAUGGCCAAAAAGAUUUCCAGCAAAACCCAUUUGAAGAAUCUAUAAUGUAUGGCUUCAUUUUACUUAUCUGCUGUAUGGGAUUUUUGGGGAAUGGAACUGUCAUCUGGCUUCUUGGUUUCCGCAUUAGGAGGAAACCGUUCACCACCUACGUCCUUAAUUUGGCUGUUGCUGACUUUGCAUUCCUCCUGAGCCUAGAGUUCUUUUAUUUUAUUGAGUUUACUGAUUCUGUUCUUCAUAGAAUUGCAGUUUGUCUCUUUCCCUUCACAUACAACACUGAACAACUUCUUCUGACAGCCAUCAGCAUUGACAGAUGUGUGUCUGUCCUCUUCCCUAUUUGGCAUCGGUGUGUCCGGCCGACACAUUUGUCCACCACUGUUUGUUCCGUCAUAUGGGUCCUCUCCUGUCUGAUCUCCAUAGUCCUCUACAUUCUCAAAGAAACAGAUUUCCUUCUCUCAGAUAACGACUUUCUUUAUAUCUUUGUAGCAUAUUUUCAAUUUCUCUUGACUGGACUGCUUUGCCUCCCACUCAUGACAAUUUCAACUGUGAUCCUUUUCAUCAAAGUGUGCUUUAAAUCACACCCGCGAAAGCGGGGAAGGCUUUUAACAGUUAUUUUACUUACUCUCCUCUUCUUCCUCAUGCUUGCUUUCCCACUCAAUGCCAUUCUUAUUGCUAUAGUCAUUGUAGGCCUGGAUAUUCCCCUUCCACUCCAUUAUGCCUUGUUUUGUGCCUCCCUCAACAGCUGUGUGAACCCCUUCCUCUAUUUUCUGGUUGGGAGGAAGAAAGGAGGUCAAUCUAGGGAGAGCCUAAUGGUCAUCCUCCAGCGGGUUUUGAAUGAAGAGAAGAAUGACAGACAGGAAAUGGACUCUCCUUGUUCAAUCCCACUUAGGAACCUUUCAUAA